UUAUCAUUUGGCUUUGAAAGAAACUUUUAAUCAUACAAUAGCUAUGUAAAGCAAAUAUUGAAGAAAUUUCUAUUACAAGAGAAGAUAAGAAGAUGAAAUGUUUUUGUAAAAUUUUUUCAUAGAAUUUCAUAAAUAUAACAACUUGAACAAAUUUUCAGUUGCAUUUCUUUUCUUAGCUAUUGAUAUGAAGAUAAACUUUAAUACCAAUCGUUUGGAAUUCUUCUUUCGAAUAUACACACACAGACUGAAAUACCAACAAAUGAGAAGGAUGAGUGUAUUCUGAAGAAGUACUAUGUUUCACUAUAAGGAUGGACGAUUGUUAUACAGUCGUAAAAAUAAGACAGUCGACUCGAAUUCCAAGUUAGAAAAGAUUUGGAAUUGUCACUUGUUUUUGAUUGAAAAAUUCUUUUUAAAUAGAACUUAAAUUAAUUGUUCAAACAUCUACUUAAGAGUCAUCGCACGAGAGACACACCUACCAUUGCUCAAUCGAUCUCUCUCAUUCGACUGAUAUUUUUACAGUAAAUAGCCCUAAUAAAGUUAGGAAGAAACCCAAAAUUUUAGCUCAAACGGAUAAGCCGUUCUGGAGAUACAGACGUUACAAGUAUGAGGGAAUCGGGUAUAUUUGGUGUAUUCUCUAGAGCAACACUUUACAGUAAAGUUUCAUUUUCUUAACAACGACAAGAGCUAGGAAAGUGAUUUUUUUUUAUGGGAGAUACUAUCGAUGAUGGACUAUCUUUUUAUGGUAUUAAAAGUUCCUUUCUAUUGAAUAUUUACUUGUCGGUACUACAUACUAUUAUCAGAAGGCAUGUCCCUACAUAUAGGGCAUGUUUUCCAGAUCAGCCCAAUAGAUUUGGCUGAAACUAGCCUCAUUUGAAAGAGCACAUCGAACUGCAUCGACUGAUGUCCUCAGAAGUUUGGGAUCUUGAAUUUCGAUAUAGAACAUUUUUUGAACAUGGAUGUUUAUCUGUACAUUGAAUAUUUUUCUUAAAAUUGGCUACAAUAUUUUUUGUAGUUAAAAAUCUAACUUUUUCAUCUCUUUUUUUUGUUCCUGCGAACUUUCUAAGUUCUAAUAAACAAAGAAAAGGAUCAUUGUCAUUACUAAAUAUUGUUUUAUUAUAUUCAUAUAAACUAUUAUUAGUAACAAUCGAUACCUGCUGAGGAAGGGUGUGGGUGUGCGUGUGGGUGUGGGUGUGAGUGGGUGUAUGUGGGCGUGUGGGUGUGGAUAUAGUUAGAGACACACCCACACCCACCACCUACCUCAGUAUAAUUACUGAAAAGUUUUGAAAUAUCAAUAUUGGAUACCCUGCUUAGGAUUUCUCAGUACAUGAGUACCUUGAACUCAGUACUUUAUCUAGAGUAUCCUACUACUUAAAUAAUAUGUUAUUAAUGAUAAUGUGAAAUAUAAUCCCAUUCUGUAUGAUAUUUGAGUUCAAAACAUUAAAAAAAAGAUAAUUUUGUAAAACUAUAGUACGAAUUUCAUAUCACUUAAUUAGAUUCUUUUUAAAUUAAAAAACUGCAUAAUCUAUUGCAUUCGUCGAUUAACAAUUCUUAUAAAACUAUGAAAGAAAUAAAAACUGUCAAUUAAUUUCUUUCUAUAAAUUGUAGUCAUCAGCGGUUCCUUGUUCCAUAUUGGAAAAUCGCAAAACAACUGACACAAAAAAGUCUGAUAGUAACUAAUGGUCGUGACUUAAAGUAAUAAAAUUGUUCGUUUGUUUUUUAAUUUUUUAAUAAUUCAUUAAAAAAAAUCUAUACAGUUCAACAAAAUUUAGUAUUAUAAAAAUUGGUAUUCGUUAUUCUACUCAUCGUUUAACUUUAUCUGUAACUGUCUAUGCAUGCAAAUUUGAAUGGCAAAUGUCAUUAGUUGAUGUAUGCCGACAACGUCUUAUGUUUAUUGUUAAAAAUAGUUCACCUUUAUUUGCAAAAGAGCAAAAAGAUAUGGGUGAUCUUCAAAUUGAUUUAUUAAAUCUGGAUGCAGAAAAACAAAGUAUUGCUUGGUAUGCAUUACAAGAACCGAAUACAAGUGGUGGGGGUAUUAUAAAAAUUAAAUAUGAUACAUUAGAAUCAAAUGAAUAA